CAUUCCCGCGCUGUCCUGCGCCCCACCAUCCCUGAGUUCGGGCUCUGAUCUCCGGGACCUUAGCAGUUUCAAAAGCAUUGCAUCCCCUUAAAAAUGUCUUUGCCCCCAAGUUUCGUGUUUUCUGCUAUCGGUUUUCUAGUCUCUUAGUUAGCGCUGUUCUAUCCUUUAAUUCAUAAGCGUAUAGUGCAAUAUUACCUUAUAUAAAGUAGUAACUACAAGUAGGACCUGUCGAAAUACACAACCGUUACAUUUUCGUAUUACUGGAUCUCUCUUAUCACCAGUACAAUGCUCUUCGUUUUUGCUUUAAUCCUUCUCAAAUUGUCCUAUCACCCUGAAAAUGUGAACGGUCUUAAGCAAAUAGAGGCUAACCCAGAUGCAAAAAGGCUCUAUGAUGACUUGUUGAGCAACUACAAUCGUCUGAUUCGGCCGGUUGUGAACAAUACCGAAACCUUAGUCGUCCAACUUCGACUGAAAAUGUCGCAACUUCUAGAAGUGAGUCUGAAGAGCCAGGUCAUGACGACCAAUGUUUGGGUAGAGCAGAAAUGGAAUGACUACAAGCUCCGAUGGGACCCAAAUGAGUAUGGAGGUGUCGAGAUGCUCUACGUUCCAUCCGAACAUAUUUGGCUACCUGACAUAGUCCUCUAUAAUAAUGCUGAUGGCAACUACGAGGUGACACUGAUGACAAAAGCUACUCUCAACUACACAGGUGAUGUCUUGUGGAGACCCCCUGCCAUUUACAAAUCCUCUUGUGAAAUGAACGUCCUGUAUUUCCCAUUUGAUGAGCAAAGCUGCCUUAUGAAAUUUGGAUCAUGGACUUACAAUGGAUUCCAAAUUGACCUCAAACAUAUGGAACAAGUUUAUGGGUCAAAUUUAGUCAAUGUUGGUGUUGAUUUAAGCGAGUUUCAUUUGUCUGUUGAGUGGGACAUAUUGGAGGUACCGGCCAGGAGAAAUGAAGAAUACUAUCCUUGUUGCACCGAGCCAUACUCAGACAUUACCUUCAAUAUAACGAUGCGACGCAAAACGUUAUUUUACACCGUGAACUUGAUCAUUCCUUGUGUUGGAAUUACUUUUUUGACUGUGUUGGUCUUCUACUUACCGUCGGAUUCUGGCGAAAAGGUCUCCCUUUGCAGUUCAAUUCUCGUGUCCUUGACAGUGUUUUUCUUGCUGCUUGCUGAGAUUAUUCCUCCCACAUCAUUGGCUGUGCCUCUGCUCGGGAAAUACCUCCUCUUUACGAUGACUUUGGUGACACUUUCCAUUUGCGUCACUGUUUGCGUUCUGAACGUUCAUUUCCGGUCACCGUCUACUCAUAAAAUGUCUCCUUGGGUGAAAACGGUGUUUCUCCACUUCAUGCCUCGACUAUUAAUGAUGCGCCGGCCGCCUUAUUCACCCAACGAUUUAUAUCUUGAAAAUUUGUCGGAUGCUAGUUAUGUCAAUGAUGGAGAUUUUCGAGACAGUUUCAGUGACGGAUGUCCAAUGGAACAUAAAUGCAGUCCUAAAGAAAACAGAAAUAUGUAUAAAAGCAACGAUUGUAAUCACUUCCACCAUGGAGCCCAAGCGCCAGAUUUGGAGAAUGUGAUUCCAAGACACUUAUCGGACGACUUAUUAGCUGCUCUAGAAGGAGUCCGCUUUAUUGCUCAACACAUCAAAGAUGCGGACAAAGAUAAUGAGGUCAUAGAAGACUGGAAAUACGUAUCGAUGGUGAUGGACAGAUUCUUUUUGUGGAUUUUUACGGUCGCCUGUAUUGGGGGCACCUGUAUCAUUAUGUUCCAGGCACCAUCCCUCUAUGAUGAGAGGGCACCAAUCGAUAGACAGCUAUCAACUUUCCUUUACGGUGAAAAUCAAAUGCCUAUUUAUUCAAUCAACCGAGACAAAAUUUUAGACGCACUUUAAGUCGAUGAAUUCCAAAUAAUCCAAUGAUUUAACUUUUUAUUUGGACCGAGUUUAUCAGAGAGGAACCGACCCAUAUUUUCGAAAAAAAUUGAGUUAAGAUUGUUUUUAGUUCCACUAACUGUAUAUUUUCCCCUGCGUAAAACUCAAAGUCGAAAAAAAAAUUUGCUCGUGAAAAGGAUAGUUAAAGUUUAUUUUCUACAAUGUGUCAUAUGGAGGAAAGAAGCUGCAAACCUCUUUUUCCCGGUUUCAACUUUAUGUGGAUUGGUUCUUUUCUGUUAAAAUCAGUCCAUUUUGGAGCCUGCAUGGAAAACAAAGGGAUUUGGCGCUAACCGGUUUUUCGUUUUGUGGGAUGUUUUUUACGAUACUUUGCGAACAAUAUGUGAUUAAAACCGCACAUUCGAGGUGCUAUAUACUUCCGAGAAAAGAGGGGUGAAAAAAGUGUUUUUUUUUGUAUGCUUACUUGCAUUUUUGUAUAGAGUCGUGACAUUGCUCCUGUUCUGGAUAUGGAGAGCCUUCAUUCUGUUGCAGUCUGUCUUAGAUCUCUCGGGCCGGCGCGGCGCCGGGCUUAGCGAGCACUAAAAAUGUUUUUCUCGAGAUAUUAUUUCGACUUAAAGCGUCGUUUCUUGUCGACCAAAUUUGGCUUUUUUGAUGUAAAGAAGCGUUGUUUUACCAUCAUUUUUUUAAACUUAAACUUAAACAUAACAUUAACAUAAACUUAAACAACAACAAACACAAAAACAAAUUAUGCUAUCAAGAAACGACGUUUUAAGUCAAAAUAAUAUCUCAAGAAAAAUUUUUUCAGUGCAGCAGGAGGAGCUUUCCUAGAUCAUCAAGAUGCUAGUAUAAAAUACUGAAAAAUUCAAUUUUGAGUCCCAACUUUCUCGAAACUGUAGAAAAGAGAGCACGAUUUUUAUACUGCAGCGUGCCCAGGAGGUCUUAAAAGAAGAUAAUACAUCAUACUUUAAAUAAUAAAGGAAUUUGGUUGGCGCCGAUUUUUUUAGUUUUCUGUGCAGGGUCCCUUGACUUGACAAUUGAUCAAACUGUAAAGUCAGCAUUACGUAUGUAAAUAAAUUUUUGACACUACAAUCAUGAUAACCAGGUUGUACCAAAUAAUUUUUAUGAAAACUUCUUGGUAACAGAAUCGAAUUUAAACUCUCUUCUAUUUCUCUAACUGACAUAAUCAGACUCACUAAACGCGGUCGGAACAGGCUUCCUUACUUUUAAUACUUGAAUUUUCAAAUUUAUCAUACACUUCUCAUUACUCCGUCAUAUUGUCUAUGUGCAAGCAUUUGCAAACACUGUCAUUGACAGUGCAUUCUAAUCACUACGUCUUGAUAUUCUUUUGUUCGAUAUAUUUAUAUGACAAUAAAGCAAUUUGAUUUCGUUUUUAA